AUCACUCGCCUGCUCCUGAGUACAUGUCAUGGAGAUCUCGAGGACAGAGAUAACGACGGCGAUACUGCCCUCCAUGACACGGCCUUGCGAGGGCAUGUGGGCGUCGUCCGCCUUCUCCUCGACGGAGGAGCCAUCGUCGACGCUCUCAACGACGUGGGUCGCACACCUCUGCACUGGGCUGCCCGCGGUGGCCAUGUAGAUGUGAUCGACCUCCUCGUCAGUCGAGGCGCAGCGCUGGAGGCUGUUGACGAGGACGGGUGGACCCCCUUAUACCUUGCGGCCUACGGAGGCGAAGAGCGCGCCGUAGCGCGCCUGCUCGAGCUGGGCAGCGACCCGAAGAUACGCGCGAAAGACGGCACUACGAUCCUGGACGCUGUAGGCCAACACCCGCAGCUUUCGAAGGAUGUCAAAAGGGACAUGCGCAUCCGCGAGUUACUCGGACGAGCCGGCUUGACAAAGGAAACAGGAAGGAUCCCAAUUGAAUCGCUAUGGACGAGGAAGCAAGCACAGAAGGCA